AUGCACCGGCUACGGCCACGCCGCUGGUCGCGGGUGCAGGUGGCGUGCAGCCCCGAGGCGGCGCGGCUAGUGAGGGCGCCGCCGGCAACCGGCGUGGAGGCCGGCGCGGGUGGCUCAGCGACGACCCGCCGUGACCAAGCCCCAGUCACAGCACCUAUUGCAUGUGCUACCUAUAGGAUUCAGGAUCAGCCAUUUCAGAAUGACAUCUUUUAUGUAACAUGGUUUCGAUCUGCUAUUUUCCCGUCUAUUGCGUAUAGGGAGCAAUAA